AUGUCCGUCAGUCCAGAACAUGCGGCCCCUGUGCCUAGAAUCCCGAACGAACUCAUCCUCCAGAUCAUAGACGAAGCCACGCCCCAGACUUUGGAAGUGGUCAUCUCCUGCGUCUAUCCGCGCAACAACCAACCCCUGUCUCUGCUCGCGUUGAAAUUCCGUCACGACAACUCCUCGGACUGGCAAGCAUUUCGCCGCCUCAAAAGCCUCACGCUCGCGGUCGCUGAGCUGGCUGGUCGAAGCUCUGUGGACAUCCCGUCAACUCUCGUUGUUCGCUUUGAUACCCACCUCCCAACUUCGCUCCUUUUACCUGGCCCUGGAGUCCCUAACGCAAUCCUAAAGAAGCUGAACCAUGUUGUAUUCCAUGUCCCAAUCUCCAUGCGAAUUAAUGGAGGGGAGCUCGUCCCGGGAAAGCUCACUCUUGCCUACGCUUUCAGCAAUGAAGUUUGGGUCCCUUGUCACGAUAAGACCUUCUGGAUGCCGUCAUCGGAGAGCGUGCUCAAUCCGCCGCGAUUGGGCGCCGCAUUAGCUGACCACUUCCACUCUAGGAUUGACCAGCGUCUCCUGACCGGGAGAUUGAACUUGGCUCGACUGCAGGUCUACUGGGGAAUAUUCUACUGCGCUGUCACGAAGCUGAAAGAGAUGGAGGACACUUCUUGGACUUACUCCGGCGGUAUCUGGAUGGUUCACGGAUUCGAGCGCGGUAUCAAGGCGAUCGUGGAUGAGGAGGUGCGCCAACUCCGCGGCGAAGACUCCGACUCGUCCCACGACGACAAUUGA